AUGGUUAAUAAUGAAGAAUUAACCAAAGAACAACAAAUUAAAGCAAAAGAAUUUUUGUUUACAGAAGAAGACUUAUUUGCUUUAAGCAUUGAAAAUAUGAGGCGUAUGAAUGUUACAACCCAUAAUAUAAACACAGAAGACGCCGUUCUGAUUAAACAAACUUACUAUAGAGCCGUCUAUAAAGAAAAUGAGUUUAUUAGAAAAGAAAUUAAUAAACUAAAAGAACAAGGACUUAUUAUAGAAAUAAAUAGCCCUUGGGUAUCUCCGGUAGUUAUAGUACCAAAAAAAAACGGAAAACUACAUUUCUGCAUAGAUUAUUGGAAGUUAAAUAUAGUUAUGAAAAAAGAUACUUAUCCUUUACCACUUAUCAACGAUCUUCUUGAUACAUUUAGAUCGGCCAAGUGGUUUUCUACUUUAGAUUUAAUAAGUGGAUAUUGGCAAAUAGGAGUUAGCGAAGAAGAUAUAGAAAAAAUGACGUUUAUUACGAAAUAUGAUAAGGUAUUAGGAGAUUGCGUUGGAAAUUUUGCUGUAGUAUAUCUUGAUGAUAUCAAUAUAUAUUCAAAUUCUUUUGAAGAACACCUAAAACAUUUAAAAAUUGUAAUUAGUAAAUUAAAAAAUGCAAAAUUGAAAUUAAACCCAGAAAAAUAUAUUUUCUUUAAAUCCAAGAUUAAUUACCUGGGUCAUGUAAUUAAUAAAGAGGGG